CUCAACGAUUGCAAAUAAACAAAAUGUGAUAGCCACACAAUUGUUAAGUCAAAGCAAACUCUACAAAAUGGACAAGUCUAAUGCUUACGAGAAAUUCACAGGCUAUGUGGACCAGCUGCGUAACACAGAAUGCAGCCAAAAGCAAAAGAUUGCCUGCUUCCAGCAAAUUGCCGAGUGCAUCAUGUCACCGGCGCUGGCCGCUCACAUCAAUUAUGCGGCGCACUGUGGCACAGCCACAAAUGUGCUGUUGUUAUUCUGUGAGGAUUUUGACUCAGUGGUGCGAAUGAGUGCCGAGGAAAACCUUAAUAAAAUCUUCCGUGCCUUGGAAAAAACGCGGGUCAGUCGCAUCUUGAUGGAUUUGUACGGGGAGAUCAAGCGAAACGGUAAUCAGCGCUCUCUUCGCAUAUGCCUGAAUUUGUUCUCCUACUAUGCACCUCAAAUCAAAGAAAAACACAUCAAAUGGUAUGCUGUGCGCCUGCUACAAUGCAUCUCCAUUAUGUCGCAGCGGAAGGAGACGCAGUUGCAAGAGACACUCUGCGAUUUCGUAAAGCAUUUUGGUCGUCACGUGCAGCAGGGUCUCAACGAUAGUGAAACGUGUAAACUUUUUGAGACGUUUCUCGACAACAUCAGCGCUGAUUGUGCAGUUAAGCGUCGCUGUUCGGCCCAAAAUUGCAUGACUUUGAUUGAGCAUGCGCGCAAUAGAAGCCUUAUGGCCAGACAUGGACUGAACAAAGUGAUUGAAACGCUGCUGAUGGAUCAGCAAACUAGCUGCGUGCUGGGAUCCUUGGGUGUCCUGCGUCUACUGUUACCGCAGCUCAUACGCGGCUACGCUGCUGAUUACCAGGAUGAUGGCGAUUCUUUGACGGAUGCUGGACAACCGGUGGCAGCUACGUCCGACUGUCGACAAAUUAUUGAAAUUUAUGAUUAUUGCUUGCACCUGCUGAGCACGCAGCAUACAGCGAAUCACGCAAUUAUAAAUGGCGCAUUAGAGGUCAUCAAUGCCAUACUUCAGGCACUGCAGGAUAGCUGUGGAGCGGCGAUGCAACUGGUAGAAGGCGGAAAAAGUGGACUUGCAGAAAGUUUGCGCAAACUUCUAUGCAAUCAACAACUGGAGCACAAUGAGUAUUUGUGGCGAAGGAAAUCAUUAAAAAAUCAAAUAUUCCAAUUGAGAAAUUACGAAGUGGUGGGGACAAGUGAAAAGCAGGGAAUGCCACUACGACAAAUGCAAAUGGAAAAGAAUUUAAAAAGCAAACUGCACCAGAAAAAGUGCCAACAAAAACAACAACAACUGCAGAUUGGCAUCAGCCCGCUGCAUGUCGUGGGAAUUAAUGCCGUGCUUGAUGAUGCUGACACUGAGAAAGAUGCUGUUGCUGCUGCGAAUUCCGCUCCUGAUGAAGUCAAAAAAACUGCGCGACAUCACAUUAGAAAUGCAGCACGCAGCAUUAGCGAAUGUGUUGGUAGCAGCGCAUCAGAUGACGAGGAGCUCCUGCAGCAUGAGCAGACCGUUGAUGUUGAGGAUGAUGAUGAUGAUGAUGAUGGUGAAGAUGAUAUGGAGCUGCUAACCGCCAUUGCGGAUGAUGAGUAUGAAGGCUUUACAACGUUGUCGCAACUGAAUGAAGCACAACAGACUAUGCCAGCGGCACUGAAAGAUUCAAAUACAACUGGCGUAAUAGCAGCAACGAUUGUUGCACAAACUGGCAGCGAGUAUUCUGGUGAACAAUCGCGUAAACCUUCGGCCGUUCAGCAUCAGUCGUCGUUGCAGAAUCUGCUUGCUAGUGAUGACAGAUCCCAGCAUUUGAGUGACAUCGACAAUGAAUCCUUCAAUAGCAUUGAUUUUGAUGCGGAAAUAACAAUUGCUGGUGUAAGGGAGGAACAGACACCAGCAGCAACACAUUCAGCACCAGAGUCAACCGGGUCAAUGCCAGAUGUAACAACAAUCGGUACAUUCUUCAAUAAUUUGUUGUCACAUUCACAUUCAGCCUCCGAGUCGGUCAGUAAGCUCUUUCGUCAAUCUAGCGGCCCCAAGUCUACGCCAAUCAAGUCGGCGCCAGCCACUGAUAAAUCGGAUGCUGCAUCGACGGCUUCGCUAACGCUCUCUUUGAGCUCAUUGGCCAGCAGCAAUGUGGCUGGUAUAUCAGAGCGUCAGAUUUCCAUAACAGAGACACCCACACCAGUGGAGCAGAUGUCUGGUUCAGCAUCGGCCAGUGCCUCGUAUACGCCGUCCACGGCGCUGUUGAUGGAUACGCCAGCCGAUGCAGCUACCCCUAUGAAAGCAGACGAAGAAAUGGAGCCACAGAUGCGCCGCAUGCCCAACGCUAAUCCCUUUCUGGCGGAGAGUUCACCGCUGAAGCAAACAGUAUCGGGUCGUGCGGUAAUUAGCGUUAAAAUUGGCAGUAUCCUCGAGCAACCGCUUCUCUACUACACCUCACGUUUACUGGCCGCACGUUUCCUACUAAGAGGCCAGGCAUCAACCCUGCAGCCAGACAGUGUUAGUCGCGUGUCGAUUAAGAGCCUUUCACUGGCAGGUAUUGCCCAGUGUGUGCGCCUGUCGCCGCGUGUCCUGCAGUUGCCCCUGGAAAUCAGUGACCAAGAGCUGGAGCUGCUGGCUGAGGUUAGCUGUGCUCCGAGUGCUGAAAGUACGCAAGCUUCCAGUCCGCAGAGCAGCAACAAUUCAAAACAGAACACAGAACUGUUGCAAUCUACGACUGGAUCGCUGUUAGAAGCCGAAAUUGGUGACGGCGAUAAUGAACUGAUGCUGGACAUCAAGGACGAUCACUUUGGACCCAGCACCUGUCCUGCCUAUCUGCAGCAGCCCAGUCAACUUAGUCGUAGCGCAGAUGCCGCGCUGCUGCAGCGUCAACUGGAGGUCACACAUAACCAAAAUCAACAGCCCCCGAGUGCUGUCGAUGGUCAACUCUCCAGAUCUGAGAUCAUUGGUGGCUCAUAUCGCAUUACGAUUGCGGCGGAGGAUGCACCACCACUUGCGCUGCCGCCGUUACCGCCAAAGCGAACUAAAUCGAUGCGAUGUCGUACAAGUACGAGCAUCAGCAUGCCCACGGAUAAGUUGACAAGUGCCACCGGCGGUCAAGCUUUGUCGGAUGUGUUGCUCUUCUACUCACACUGUGAUCCCAUUUUGCGCGGUGGAGUUCAGCAAAUUGUGGGCAACUUUGUGCAGUCAAGCCGAGCCGGUAGCUGUCUGCAGCUGCAGCGAGGACUCGACCUGUCGCAUUUACUGGCUAUUUUGCUUAAGGGCUUUGAGGACGAGAUACAUACAGUGGUCAUACAAGCGUUGAAUGCAUUCGAUAAGAUAUUUCCACAUGUGGUGUCCAAAUAUUUGACAGCGCCGCCAUGUCAUUAUCAUGCUCAUCAGAAGCGACAGCAGUUGCAGCAGCCAAGUGGACAACAAUGGAGCCCAGGCCAUUGCAAAACAUUUGGGCCGCAAACUUUUGCAAAGAAUCUGGAUAAUGCCUUAAGCAGUCAGCAGCAUGAGCAGCAGCAGGAGCAGCAACAAUGGCACUCUAACGACGACAAUUCGUCGACAGACGAGACCAAGAUAUGUGUCAGGUCGUCAACCACUGAUAAUGAUGAGAUGCUGGCUGCUCUUUUGAAUGAUUUUGAAUUGCAAUCGAAUCGCAUACAGCAGCAUACACAGCAGCAGCAUCAAAGCAACAAAAGCGUUCAAUAUAAUGAGCCUGGUCCGUGCUGUGUGUUUGCCAUUUCCCCAAAAUUGCUCUUGAGCAAACUUCGAAUUUGUCGUCAGAAUAAAUAUUGGUUGGUCCAAAAUAAAUAUGCUGAAGUUAUUUCCAAUUUAAAUUACGUACUGCUGCGUGCCUACUACGCAAAUUUCGAUUGUGCAUCUGACAAUAAUAACAACAAUAAACACAACGAUGAUGUGAAGAAGCCAAAGGAUCAAUGUCAGGGAGCACCAAACGCCUGCAACUGGAUACCAGGCACUUACAACAAUGACAUUGCCCACACUUAUGAGGCUGAACUGAUGGAUGAACUUCUGCAGUUAUUGGGCGACGAUGAUGCGCGUGUACGGGAGCAUGCUGCCUUUUGUCUGUGCCGCUUCAUAAUGCAAACAGGGCGCCAAAUGGAACAACUAAGCACAACAGCAGCAGCAGCUGCAACAGCAACGACAACUCAACAAACUAAUUUCAAUUUGCUUUGGGAUUUUUUCGACUAUCGCAUAUUUGGCAGCAUGUCCUUGACGUUCCGUAAUUUAUUUCGGCCGAGCUCUACGAUUGCGCCGCCGAUGACAGCAUUGGAUGGUGGAGAGUACGGUCACGGACCGUAUGCCGGCACCACAGAAGCUGGCACGAUUGGUGGUGUUACCAUAGAAGGUGCAGCCGCUGCGGCGUCGGCAUACUUUGAUGGCAGUUACGGCUUAGGCAUCGCUGACGGGCAUGUUUUUGCUUCUGGAUUUCAACGUCAAGUUGCACAAGAAGAAAAAGUUUUGGCAAAAGUUUUGUAUCGCAUGACAAAUAAGUUGAUGACGCUCGAUGAUAAAAAUGUUCAGUAUGGCAUAAUAUCCGCGUUGCGCUUAUUGCUGAAACACUUCAAUUUUGUUGACUAUCGACAGGCCUGGAUGGAAUUCAAUUUCAUCGAAAUUUGCAUGAGCUACGCCUAUUACAACAGUGCAACAGCUGGUGACUUAAAUUGUCAGCAUGACUUAAUUGACGUAAUAGCCAAAUUAAUAGCAGGUAGCAAGCUCAGCUCUGGCGAUGUGCUGGCUACUGCCCAGCUGGACUUUCUGCUGCGUCACUGCGUCAAGUUGCUUAACAUUUACUAUCAUCUGGUGGGCAAUCAGCGUCCUGUGCAGUCAAGCAGCACUAGUAAAACGUACAAGGCGGGGAAAAGUGAGCUUUUCACGCUGAACAGCAGCGGGAGCGGGGAGCAUACGGUAUUGACGGCGAUGGGUUACUUUGCCAGCGAUUACGUUUACAUGAAACUUUACAACAUUUUAAGAGGUGCUAAUGACAGCUACAAGAUAACCAUAAAUCACGAUUCAGGCGGCUUAUUAAUUUCCCUGCUGAAGAGCUGCCUCAAUGCGUUGAGUCUGUGUCUGGAGGCAUCAGCACCUCCAGUGACCGGAGUGCUUGGAGCUUCAAAUGCACCAGCUCUGAAAUUAAUUGAAGAAAUACUACAGUAUUUGACCAAACUAAUAAAUUAUGCUCCCGGCGAGUGCGUUGCAUGUCUGCGGCAACUGUUAAAAUAUUUAUUUGGCCAAAAUUUUGCCGGCCAAGUGCAAAGAGAAGUCGCUGUUAACCAUGACUCAUUUGUGCGCCAGUAUUUUGAGGCAAAGCGUGCUGGAGGCGCCUCUACAUUGUUGCCAGCAGCUUCCGUGAGCUUGGGUGUGACAACGACAACUACAACGGCAACACCAACAACAACAACAAUUGAAGAGCCUCCCACUCUGGGAUCGCUUUUUGUGCAGGGAAUGCAGGCGGAAGUGCCACCGGCAAGUGACUGCGUUCGGCUUAUAAAAUUAUUCGAGCCGCUUGUCAUCUACUGUUUGACGCUCUUUAUGAAGUCCAAUGCGCUAAUACAGGCGCCCAUAUUGAUGUUAUUAUCGCAGCUGCUGGAUCUGAACGUUACUUACAGCAUACUGGACUCCAAAAGCGUUAUAUUCGAGCAAAUACUCAACAAUUUGGAUCUAAUUGAAAGUGGAAUAGAUAGAAAUGCACCCAUAAUAGUGCCAGCAAUGGUCAAGUUUCUCAUGCAGUUGACACACAAAAGCGAUCGUCAGCUCAUUACCAUACCGAAGAUUAUAAGCAUAACCAACAAUUUGUUGGCAAAUGGUGCUGUUCGGAAUGGGGCGCUUCUGGCGCUUAAGACGCUUAGCUAUGAGUUGUUUUUCAUGCACAACCCGAUCGACGAGGCACUCAAUUUGAAUGCCGCACAACAGCGUGCCAGCUGCCAGAGUCCGUUGACUGCUGUGCCGACGCAGGAGACAAAGCAAGUGCUACUGGCGCAGCGGCGCGAACUGGACACACAAAAGGAAGUUGUACUGGGCAUGCUAGAAAAGUUCAUUGGCGCACGCACCGUUCAGCAGUUGUUGGCACUGGUGCUGCUCUACGAGCGAAGCCUGCAGCAACUUGAUGCGCCCACAUACCUCAGCUCCCAGGAUGCGAAUGUCAUAUAUGACCUAGUUUGUCGCUCGCUCGCCACUGGACAGCUGCGAGUGCACACAUUCGGUGAUCUGCGGCUGCUGGAAAGCUGCUUUCGUAACAAUGGCAACUAUGUGUUGGCCGACAUUAAAGGAUUUCUGCAAUUGCUGCAACUCUUUAUUGAGCAGGACGUUGGCAACUUCAGUGAUUUAGCACUGGCAAUGAUUACUCUGGAAAACGUAAUUCUUAAGACCGAAGAAAUUUAUCUGGUGAAUCACAUAAAACUCUAUUUGAAAAAUAAUCCAACGGCCGAGCGGCGUCUUCGGGCCACCGCCACAGCCGAAGCAGCAACAAAAGCAACAACCACUUUGCAAUUGCAAGAUGAAGCACCUUCAACGUCUUCGGCAGCUGCUGCCGCCAGAGCGUCCGCCUUCAAAAAAAACGCCUCGCCGCUCAUCAUAAGCGAAAUUAACUACUUUGCUAAAGUUUUAAGCGAGAAGCUUCUUGACUGUCUCGAUGCGCUACUCGCACUAGGUGCUGGCUGCAAUUUGGGCUCAUCCACGGCCAGUCACGCCUACUGCCAACUGGCCAGGCGCUUCGUUAACGCACUGCACAAUGUUUGCUGUCGCUCACGGCACAAGGAUUCGCUGCAAUCAGUUUUUCGUUUGGUUUUGGCUGAAUCUGAAUUUCUCUGUAAAUAUUACAAUUUACUCUUGAUGACUGCCGAUGUUGAGGGCGUUGCCGGCAGCGAAACCCUGGAACCUGUGCUGCUUGCCUGCCUGCAGCUCCUGCUGUCCAUGCGUUUGAUGGAUCCAACGGUGCUGUUGGCGCAGGCGUCGGAGCUGCCGCUGAAAUUGGGCCUGCACCGUGCAAUGCUGCACGAAGUUUGCCAUGGAAAUGCGGUAGUGGAUUUGAGUCCGCAACAAGUGCGCCGCCUGUGCGCCCGCAAAUAUUUGAAUUUCCUAAUUGCCGACCACUUGGAAUUCCUUUGCGAGCUCUGUCAAGUACGUCCCGAAUGCGGCUCAUUACUGCAGGCGGCGCUGCUGAGAAACGCUCCUUACUUGAAAAAACACUCGAUUCGCAGAGUCUUACGACUGCUUUACCGCAUCUGUGAGACCCAGGUUGAGCACUCAGCUGGUGACUCUAACAACUAUGCAACUUGUACUUUGCAAUCGCUACAGCUGCUUAGUCGACUUCAUCAGCUGCAUGACGGGCAACGGGCAAUGCAGCUACCUAUGGAGCGGCUCGCACGACGACUGUUCGCCCAAAGUACUCCGACCACUAGGAGCGACAUCUACGAUAGAUUGAUGCAUGGCGAACUGGCCGGCGAUGAGGACCAAGACGAAUUGCGCACCAUGCUGCUAAAGGACCUCGAAUGGCCAAAUGACAAUGGCACUGCUGCGCCUCCGCGUAUUAUUGAUGAGGACUGGUUGUUUACGCAGGUUAUUAAAUUUGCCACACAGCAUGCGGACGCGUCGCAGCAGCAACAGCAAUUGAUGUGGCUGCUGCUGGAAAUACCAUCGGAGGCCAAGCUUCAGCAUCUGUUUCGCAGCUUGGGUCCAGUGCAAGAGGCGCGUCUGCUGCGUCACGCACUCGACGGCUCGCUUACAUCUAUGGUGGCUGCCUUUAGGCAGAAGUGCAUCCAACAUGCGCCCCACAUUAACUACAUGCAGUUGCCGCCGCUGGCGCGUGUGGCCUGUACGUCGCUCAUGUCGCGGUUGGCUAAAAAUCAGGAUAUGGAGAAGAAGGUGGGCGGCGAUUUUGAGAAGUUGGAUGUGGCACGUGCGCUUACUACGUUGCUUGUGUCCAUAGGGCGCCUCGAGCAAACGGCGCUCAUUUACAUCGACGCGAAACACAUCGAGAAGUUUGUGGCUGAGCAUUUGCUGCGCCCGGAGCAGCUGCCCACACUACUCUCAUAUAUGCGCUGGUUGACCAGCGCUGCAGUGCAACUCUUAAAAGCUGGAUUCAGUGCAGAUGUUGGCCAGGAUGGGCUGGGUGUGCUGCUGGGCUGUUUGGAUGCAAUGUUGCAGCAGCCACGUAUCUGGGGGGCAAUCAAUUCCAGUACAGAUGCCUUGCGUGUAGAGUUGCUCGAAGUGCCGGUGCUUGCUGCACGCCACAUGCUGCAGGAUACAAUUUUCUACCAUCGACAUCGUCUGCAAAGUACAGAGCCGGCAUCCCAGGCUAUUUUCCUUGCCAAAUUGAUUGAAACGCAAAUUGAUAUCGAGUCCUUGCAUAACGGCAAAGUGCUGACAGUCAACGAAUUUAGUCGCUUGCAGUUUGCCGGUCAUGAGUUGGCGCCGGUUCAAGUGCCCCUGACUCUUAUUGCAUCCAUUGGCACCUCGCUACUGCGCACACAUCAGUUGUAUGCUUACGCAGUGACACCCUAUGAGCUAAUUCAACAGCAGCAGCAACAGGCAACCACUGCCACCGGCGAUGGCAAGCUGCCCCCCAUACCUGUGGAUAGCCUGAGUGAUGUGGAUGUGCUACGUCAGUUUGUCAAGAGGCUCUCUAUCUUUGGUUACACAACACGUCAGCAGUUCGAGGAGUACUUUAUGACAUUUCUGCUGUUAAUCAAUAAGCUGUACGAUGAGCACAUGGUCGAUCAGCAGGAGCAAUUCCAGAUCAAGCAGCUCUGCUUGCAGGCCAUCAUGGAGCUGCUAACAACGUAUACAACUUUUCCCUUCCUCGGCCAUGGAAAUAGUCAGUUUUAUCAUACGACUCGCUGGCAACGCAUCAAUUGUGACAGCAUUAGCUUAAAAAAACUGCACAAAGUACAACUGCUUGUCGAUACAUGCAACGUAUUCUAUCUGGCCAAUCUGGAGCGCCAGCCGAGGGAGGACAAUGUGAUUGGUACAUGUAACUUUACGGUCAAUCAAUGCGAUCUCGAUUUUAGCUGGGCUCUAAUGGAAGCAUAUGCACACAUGUUACCCUACGACGGCGGGACAACUGGCCUGGAUGAGGCGUUUGGCGCAGGCUGCGAACUGGACAGGCAGAGUCAAUCCGGCAGCAUGAGUGACACCGCCUGGCGUAACUAUAGGCAUUUUGCACAGCUGACGGGCAUUGAUUUUCGUAGUAGCACGCAGCUUGUGUUUGACGUUCUGCAGCAGAUGAUAGAGCAAAAUCACAUAUUGGUGCUGCCAAAUCUGGUCAAGUUCUGUGAAAUCUGCGAGAGUCGUGAUCAAAUCAAGUGGAUUAAAGAGCGCACGCUUCGCCUUCAGGAGCUAAUUCCCAUGGACGAUACCAUAUCGCAUGAGCACAUAAUCUACUUGCUGUGCCGCACACAGGCACUGCUGAUACCCAGCCACAGCGAGUUGCAGCACUUGGUGGCGCUGAUUGGCAACGUCUAUUUGAAGAGCUCACACUGUUUCAUACGCAUUGCGGCCCUUCAGGGCUUACUCUGUCUGUUGGAAUGCUGCAGCAGGACUAAUACGGCAAUAGGCAAGCUAAGCGAUGAGCUCACAUUGCUGCGUGACUUAAUUGUUGGCUAUAUCAAUCGGCAUGGUAUCAUUGACGAGAGUCCGCUGCAGUUCAGUGAUACUCAUUCUAAAUUAGUUUGGACGCUAAAUUUUAGCCUGAUCGAGUGGACAUCGAAAUUCGUACCGCAAUGCCAUUUGCUAUCGAACACAAUAAUUGCUGCUAGUAAUAUUCUGAAAAAUACCCACAACGAGGAGCUCUAUCUGUGCGUGCUACAUGGUCUAGAGCGUACUGUGGUGAAUAGUAGCUGUGCGAAUGCAACGCCUACCUCAACUGAAGCCAUCGGAAGGACUGCUGGACGUGCUGCAAUAGGAACGGCAUUGGGCACAGCUGGUGGAGGUAGUGAGGGCGGAACUGUGGUUACACCGCACUUGCGACAUAAAAUUGAAAAACUUGCGCUCGAACUGCUGAAGAUGGAAAAUGAGAAAUUUUCAAUUCCAGCAUUGAAAUUGCUUUUGUCUUGCAUGUAUGUGGGCUCCGCCGCUCAGCUGGAAAGUACAGAGCAGUCGAAUGGCAUUGUGCAGGAUGAUCCGGAGAUAAUCGCAUUGCAAAGCGAUAAAGUCGAUAUACUUCUGCAUUGUAUAAAAUCAUCAAGUCGAAACGCCGCCUGGACUUAUGGACAAGUGCUGUGCCAAAUUAUACGUGAUUUAGUGCCACCGAAUGAAAUAUUAACGAAGGUCAUAAAGGAGUUCUUGGCAAUAAAUCAGCCGCAUUGCGAUGUUAUUGCCACGAUUGUGUAUCAGGUGUUUCGCUCGGCUAUUGACUCAUCGUUCCUACAAAUGCUGCAGGACUGGCUGAUCUGCACGCUGCCAACGUUUUUGGCCCAACCUGAGCAGCAAAGUGUCUGGGGUCUGAGCAUCAUCUUUUUAUCCGCGUCCAUAAAUUUGCAUUUGAUUAAACUAUUUCCGCUGGUGCUCGGCAUUGGUGCGGCAUCCAAUGAAGGCGUCUCGACUCCAGCUUCAGCAGCAUCGCGAAAACUGGGUCAACACGAAAUUGCAUUGUUCGUGACAGCUGCACAAGAUUUCCAUGCGAAAUUGAGUGCCGACCAGAUGCUGCGCUUUCGCGAGGCCUUCAGGAACUACGACAAAAGUCAAGUGUAUGCCUCGAUGUUGCAGAGCCUCUGAUAGAUAAGACGACCGAAUUGGAAGAAAGAAUGUGGCAGUCGCAACGGAUUUGGCCAGAAAACUUGCGCUUCGGACAAGCGCAAGCGUGAAUAACUAAUUGCUCUGUUCUGCACCGCUGACCCCGACGCUGGAUGGCGUUCUUCUCGUUCUCGACAAAAUUUCUUUGAAAGAUUGUGAAUUCAAAAUUAAUUUAUGGUUUAUAUUAUAUGUAAGUGCAAUUUAAA